AUGCCUAUGGAUUAUCAGUACACCCAAGUCUCUGCAAUAGCCAUGUUGGCAUAUGAAUGGGCUCUCACCAUAGACAUGGAAAUCAACCUCGUCUGGAAGAAACCGUGGAAUCUCCUGAAGGCCAUAUAUCUGUUCCAACGAUAUAUAGUCGUUCUUGACUGUAUUCUUGCGCUAUACCGACAUGUGGGAAGCGAGAUGACAGAUACCAAAUGCAACAGGCUGAAGCCUGCUGUUAUGAGUGCGAUGGUAUUAGGAACUUUGACUUCCGAAGCAAUCCUUACUAUACGCGUAUGGGCAAUCUGGGACCGCCACCAGCAGCUUGGAGCCUUCCUAUGCCUGGUAGCAGUAGCCGUAUGGGCACCCGGAAUCGUAACAUUAUAUCUGUUCUUCGCUGACCUUCGAUACGCUCCGGCGCCUAUAUACGAGGGAUUUCGAGGGUGUUUUCCCAUGAAAACUUCAAGGUAUAUUAUAUGGUGGUGGGCAGCGCUGUGUAUUUGGGAUUUCGGUGAGCAACAAAUCUGUUACUGCAUGGAUCAUAUGGCUCUGGCGAAUCGACCAUUCAACAUACCAACAGUAUGCCUGGCGUUGGUUUUAAAACCUGCUGUACACUUCUUUCGAUCAAAUAUGCGCAGCAGAUUGCCGUUAUCGUUGGUCGUCUAUCGCGAUGGAAUACUAUUUUAUAUCUUUCUUUUCCUGUGCUCCCUCUUAAAUGUUGUCUCCUAUGCUGCAUUUCCGCUCGCUUUGAGAAUCAUGGGCACAUCCUUGACACGUUGUCUCCACUCCAUGCUGGCUAGUCGAGCGCUUCUUCAGAUGCGACAAGAACUUCAACGCCCGACAACGAGAACGUCCAAUUUCUUCCCGAGUGCACUCCAACAUGGAACAACUGUUGAUACAAUAGCGCUGACCGAAAAUGAUCGCGAGUCUGCACGUAAUUGA